CACCAAACCACAGAAGAACUAUAGUGCUGGGUUUGGCUGUGAUACAGUUAAUUUUCUUCACAGUAGCUGGUAUAGGCUGUUUUGGAUUUGUGCUGGAAACAGUGCUGAUAAUUCAGGAAUGUUUUCAUUAUUCCUGAGCAGUGCUUACACACAGCCAAGGCCUUUUCUGCUCUUCACACUACCCCACCAGUGAGUGGGCUGGGGGUGCACAAGGAGUUGGGAGGGGACACAGCCAGGACAGCCGACCCAAGGGAUAGCCCAUACUAUGUGGUGUCAUGCUCAGCAUAUAAACCAGGGGGAAGAAGAAGGAAGAAGGGGAAACGAGGCAUGUUUGGAGUGAUGGCAUUUGUCUUCCGAAGUAACCGUUACAGGCGAUGGAGCCCUGCUGUCUGGAGAUGGAGAUACCUGUCUGCCGAUGAGAAGUGGGAGAUCAUUUUAAAGAAAAACCACGGGCACCUGUCUACAAAAGCAAAGCAGAGGGGAAAGCGAAAAAGAAACAAAAAAAUUAAAGGUAAUCCUACAGAAGUCACAAAGAAAAUGUUAGGUGGAGCAGCUCAUCAUCCAGUUCCAGAUGACCAGGACACAUCAGGAAGUGAAGAGGAUUAUCUGGAAGAAGAAGACAGCAAAUCAUUGUGUAUAUUCAGUGAAGGUCCAGAGGAUUCAGUAACAGUUUCUGAAGAACAGCCUAAUGGCGGUGAUGAAAGCCUGAAAGAAGUUGCAGGGGUUUCAAGAGAAGGGUUUCCCAUCACUUUGUCUGAGGUCUCAACAAUGACCAGCAGUGCACUGAAAACUGAAUUGCCUGUGGAAAGUGACAGUUCACUUCUAAUAGAUCUAAAACCUUUUUCUACUGAUAGCCUAUUGAAAAAUGCGGUAGGUGAUAAGGAAACAAAUCAAAGGCACAUAGAAAAUCUUUGCUGGAGCAGUUUCCUAAAAAUAAGAAAUGAGAAAAAUUCUAUCCAGGAAACAGAAGGCGUCUCUGAAGACUAUAACAUCCUACUGUUAAGCAAAGAAAACAAACUCAGAUCAUGUCAAAGUACACCUGAACCUGACAUGGAAACUAAGCUGUUAAGUGGUGAAGGAAAAGAAAUCUUUCAGUGUUACAAUUCAAAUAUACAUGAUAAUGUGCUUGGUAAUAACACAGAGGACACACAUGCAGUAAAAGCGAAAGAGAACAGCUCUAAUGCCCAGACUUUUCUUCCAGUUAAUUUCCAAUUACCUACUGAGGAAUUGCAGCUGGGCUUUGAUACACAAGUUUCUCUCUCUUCUUGGUCUGAGAAUAUAUUUGUAGGUGAACAAAGGCUCCCAAAAAUGAGAAAACCUAAACAGACUCGUAGGAACAGUUCAAAACAGCUAAAAUGCCGUUGGUCAAAUGAAGGAUUGGUGAAGGAAAACCACUGGGUAACAGUAACUGAGGAGGCUGGUAAUGUAAUAAGUAAUGGUCUGUCAGCAUCUGCAGCUGGUGAAGUGCAGUUUCAUUCCCUGGUGGAUGCCAGGACCACCUUCAUGCAGUGUUCAAGUGAAGUAGAUAUUCCAAGAAAUGAUGCUGCACCAGUUACAUCAAAGAGAAAAAGAUACAGAAGAUUUGUCAACUUGGCACCAAAGUUCAAUCUACCAAGACAGAUUGAUGGUAGUACAGAUGGAGGGAAGGAAGUCCCAAUAAAAGAUGAUGUUCCCCAGAAAAGUGUUUUGGAAGUGGGGAAAAAGAGCCUUCUAUGCAAGAACCACAGAGAAGAAUGUGAACAGGACCGUGCAUUGCAGGAAUAUUCUGCACCUUUCAGUGGCACCAAGGCAACCUAUUCCAUGCCUACUGCAGACUCAGAUACUCUGUUACAUGGUAUUUCUUGCAUUCAUUUGGGACAGUCUUCUCCUAUGCCAAAAUAUUCUCUCAGAGUUUGCAUAGUUUCCGGGAUGAAGAAGGAACAAGCUAGAGCUCUUAAGCAACGGGAGGUAGUUGGUAAAAAAGAGGGCGAAAGCGAACAAGUUUCUUCAGAGGUUACAAACAGCCGACCAGAUAUUUUGUCGUCUGUGAAAGCUGUUUCUGAAUAUUCCGAAGAUUUCAGUAUGCUGGCAAGCUGCAGUGAAAACGUGCAGGAAGCAGAUGACACUGAGCCAGCAGAGGCCUCACAACUCAAAGAUAAUCAAGAUGUGAAUACAGCAUGUAGUUUUCUGGGACUUCCCUUAUCAUUAGGAUUUGCUUUUCAGCUUGUGCAGCUCUUUGGUUCUCCAGGUCUUCCCCUAGAAUCCUUGUUGCCAGAUGAUUAUAUAGUUCCUCUUGACUGGAAAGUUUCAAAGAUGAUCUAUUUACUGUGGAAGACCUCUGUGGAGGAAAAACAGAAAACAAGUGGAUUGCAGAGAAACGCCUUGGCUGGUAAGUAUAUUCUGUGAUACAAGAACUGUAUAAAAUACUUCUUGUUCAGAAGAGAGAAUAGUUAAUGCUGAAGCAUGUUGAAGGUUUUCAGUACAAAUGAGUCAUAACACUCUGUGCAAAAGCUUUAGGAUGUGACAGAUGAAUUUGUGCCUCCAUUAAUUGUGCACAUAGUAUGGCAGAGCUGUGGUCACUGUGUUGCAAGAGCUGAAAUUCCUUGGCUUUUGAAGUUUCCUGUACAGAAUUAAUCCAAUACUUAGCUCAAGUUUACCUAUUCCAGAUCAGUAGGAUGUUUUGCUUGAAGAAGUCUUAAAGAAUGAUUUUAUUUCUCUAAAAG